GCUGGUAGCUUUGUCCCGGCCGGUGUCUGGCUUGGGUGAGUGAAAUCACUAUUCCCGGGGCAGCAGCCACGUUAGUGCGAGCGUCCGAGGGGCCCGAUCACCUUCUCCCGGGUGAGCGAGGGCAAAGCUCGGCCUAGUGUCCGCUCCCCGUCCCGGCUCCCCCAGAAACGCGCCAGUCAGGGGGAUAUUCGUAGUCUCGCUCUUUGUACCGUAGCUGCCAGAGCGCUCGGCUGCAAGGAUUUGCCCGUCCCCUGGCACAGGAGCGGCUGCUGCCCUGCGCGUGCCUUGCCCGCCUGUCGCACCCACCCCAGCCGCGGUUCCCCGCAGGUACCGUCUGGGGUUGGAUCCUGAGGCUCCUCUAUCCUUCACAUUGAUCCACUGAAAGAGUCCCUGAACUGUGCUUUGGCUGUGACUGAAAGAAGGAGGUUUUGUUUUACUGGCAGAGGAAGAGCAAAGGGGCGAGGUUCAAAGGACUGGCAGCUCCCAGAGCACACUCCAAACAGUUCUAGAUGUGAAUCAAUCCCAUGAUGCAACAUGUCUCCCCAGCACCAGCUCUGACAAUGAUGGCCACACAGAGUGUGCCCCCUCCCCCUUACCAAGACAGCCAGCAGAUGACUGCCACAGCGCAACAGCCGGCUAAGGCACAGCCAGUGCACAUCACAACACCCUCGGCAGCAGCCAACACCCCAGUCCCCAGCACUCCUAUUGACCCUCAGGCGCAGCUGGAGGCUGACAAGCGAGCUGUCUACAGGCAUCCUCUUUUCCCACUCCUGACGCUGCUGUUUGAGAAGUGUGAGCAGGCAACACAGGGCUCCGAGUGCAUCACCUCUGCCAGCUUUGACGUGGACAUUGAGAACUUUGUACACCAGCAGGAGCAGGAACACAAACCAUUCUUCAGUGAUGACCCCGAACUGGACAACCUGAUGGUGAAAGCAAUUCAGGUCCUGAGAAUUCAUCUGCUGGAGCUGGAGAAAGUGAAUGAAUUGUGCAAGGACUUUUGUAACCGUUAUAUCACCUGCCUCAAAACAAAGAUGCACAGCGAUAACCUACUCAGGAAUGAUCUUGGGGGGCCCUACUCCCCAAACCAGCCCUCCAUAAACCUACACCCACAGGAUUUGCUGCAGAAUUCUCCGAACUCGAUGACUGCAGUGGCCAACAACCCCCAGGGAAUUGUGGUCCCAGCAUCAGCACUGCAGCCGGGGAACAUCUCCAUGACAACGGUCAAUUCACAAGUUGUGUCAGGUGGAGCCCUUUACCAGCCUGUAACUAUGGUAACAUCUCAGGGCCAGGUGGUAACCCAAGCAAUCCCACAAGGAGCCAUACAGAUCCAGAACACACAGGUUAACCUGGAUCUGACCUCCCUCCUUGACAGUGAAGAUAAAAAGUCAAAGAACAAACGGGGGGUCCUACCGAAGCACGCUACCAAUAUAAUGCGUUCCUGGCUCUUCCAGCAUCUUAUGCACCCUUACCCAACAGAGGAUGAGAAAAGGCAGAUAGCAGCACAGACAAACCUGACACUUUUGCAAGUCAAUAACUGGUUUAUCAAUGCCCGACGGCGCAUUCUGCAGCCCAUGCUUGACGCGAGCAAUCCAGAUCCAGCCCCCAAAGCCAAGAAGAUCAAAUCCCAGCACCGUCCUACUCAAAGAUUCUGGCCCAACUCUAUUGCAGCUGGAGUGCUGCAGCAACAGGGAGUCAAUCCUACUACCAAUCCUGACGGCUCCUUAAUUAUGGACAAUCUGCAGUCCCUGUCUUCCGAUAAUGCUACCAUUGCUAUGCAGCAGGUCAUGAUGGCAGCUCAUGACGAUUCACUUGAUGGAACAGAAGAUGAGGAGGAGGAUGAAAUGGAGGAAGAAGAAGAAGAAGAACUGGAGGAAGAUAACGAUGAGCUCCAGACAACGAAUGUCAAUGACCUUGGCUUGGAGCACAGUGACUCACUGGAGUAGCAAAGAAUUGAAGGUUCCCUGAUUUACGGUAGAGCAGAUGCCUCCUGGAAAGAUGUUUGCCUACCUAAAUCAGCAGCCUGAGGAAUUUUAGAGGAACCCUGAUCUUUGACAUACAAGCCCCCCACAUCGCUUUAAAAAUUAUGUACGACAAAAUCAAGUAAUGAUACCCUUACAAAGUGUCCUGCUUGCCUGCAAUGCACUGCAGCUGUGGACAGGAGUGCACAUUUAAGAGACCAGUAGAAUGUGCAGGGUUAUUAUUUAAGUGAAGGACACAUGUUUACAAGGCACAUAUUGUGGCCAGUUUUUUUUUUUUUGUGUUGUUGUUGUUGUUUUUGAUAAGAACAAAAGUGUUUUUAGGGCAAGCUGUUUUCUGUAUGACUGAGUCUUUGAUGGAUGUUAUCAUGCAAUGCCUUUUUUUGACAUGCAGGUGAGAGGCAGGUCUGUUUUCAUUUUCACUGCUUUUAUGAAAGAUUUAUAGAUACAAAAGGAUUGAUGCUUUUUUUAAGUAAAAGAUUGUAAUGAUUAUAAAUAUCUAAAUGUAGGGAAAUCAGAGUUUGCAAAUUGUCAGAAUUUAAAACUGAACAUUGAAAGACUUUAGUGCUGGAUCCAUUUAGAUUCCUGAUUAGUGCUGAUUAAAUGAAUGUCAACUCUUCAGACUUCCAUCUCUUCCUAUACAGAGUGACAAACCCCAGGAAGUACAGAGGGGACACACACAUAUUGAUGUAAAUCGGUCUGGUGAUUGGGUACCAGACCGUGAGCUGAGCAGCCUUUGUAGGAGAAUCGAAAACUUAGAAACUUUUAAUUUAAUGGUCUCCUUGUGAUACAGUUAGUGAAAUUUCUAGGCUAUAGGUGCAAUGUCAAAUGACCAAGAAUGUCCUCAAGUGAUGCCAUCUAGGUACCAUUAAAUGUUUAGAAGAUCACAAAUAUUCAGAAACCGAUCAAGAAAUAAUUGGGCAUUCUUAUGUUUUAAUGAAAUAUAAACAAAAAAUGCUGAAUUUGCCUUGUUCAUCUGAAACGUAGUCAGAUUUCAGAAUGCUGAAAGCAGUCUCAGAUUCUGCUAUGCUACAAUGCAAGCCAUCUCUAUUUGAUCUCCUGGUUUUAAGAAUUCAUGGAUUUCUGAACUAGGAAAAGUUUUUUUGAGCUAGCUGAAGAUGCUAUCCAGAUGGUGAAAGAUAAAAAUGCCCCUUGCAUUACUUCCACCUCUCAUCUGGAAUCCCCACCAACUAUCCCUCUCAUGUAAAGCAUUCUGCCGAGAGAUUAAUGAAAAGCCGUCUUGAACUAAGAUGCUCAUUUAGGCGAUGUCUACACUGAAGCAGUGUUAGCUCUGUUCAAGUUAGUGUGCUAAAAAUAGCAGUGUAGCUGUGGUAGCAGGGGUAGUGACUCAGUCUAGGCACCUGGGUAUGCACCCACCCAAACCCGCUUGGCACACACUCAGGUGGCGAGCGCAAGCUGCCACCUGUGCUGCCCCAGUUACACUGCUAUUUGAGCAGAGCUAACAAGUAUCUGUCUAGCCACACUGGGAAGUACACUCCCUGCUGCAGUGUCAACAUAGCCUUAGGCAUGUUUAGUAGCAGUAGGAUGGGAUUAGAGCCAUAAAAGUUUUCUUCACUGAAUGAGGAAGAAGACAUUUCAUGAAGCACUGGCAAAACUAAUCACAGACAAGACUUUCCUGAGAUCAGAAACAUUUGCUGACCUGACUAACAUAUAUACAAAUGUUGUAAACAAAUAAGAUUCAGAUUAUGGAUAUAAUCACAGAAAUGGCAACAAAGGUCCUCUCGUAUUCACACAGUAGGAAGGAAAUAAACUCCCCUUGAUAGAAAGAGAUUUCACCCCAAAACAUCACUUGCAUUCAAUCUCCUCCUCUCUCCACACACUGAAUGGUAGAACUGAAUAUGGUUGUGUCGUCCAUAAAAUUUCAUUAAAUGAACUUUCAGUCCAUUUGUAGGAGAACAAUUUCAGUGACAAGCCUUAGAAUCAUAGAAUAUCAGGGUUGGAAGGGACCUCAGGAGAACAUCUAGUCCAACCCCCUGC